AAACUACAAUAUUUGCAUAUCCUAAUACGGAGUACUAGUGUAACUCAUCUUCUAAUAAUAUGUGUAUCCUAAUACUAGUCUGACACUUAUUCAUAAUAAUUAUAAAUACUUUACUUAACGAAUGCAUGGAAACAUCAAUCGAUCACCGUUCCUAACCAUGACAUCACUUUCCGGCAAAGCACCCCCAGACUCCGACCACCAAAUCCCUCAAUUUGGUGUCGUUUACGACACCUCCGACCACCACUUUGUCAGAAACAACACAAAUGUACCACGUUCAUCAGUACAGAAAAAAAUAAUGCAAGAGUGGAAACUCCUUCAAAAGGACCUACCUGAAACAAUAUUUGUUCGGGUCUACGAAACCCGGGUUGACCUUCUUCGGGCCGCAAUUGUGGGUGCCCGUGGAACGCCGUAUCAUGACGGGUUGUUCUUUUUUGAUGUUGCUUUUCCGGCGGAUUAUCCAGCACACCCGCCUUUGGUGCAUUAUCGGUCAUUCGGGUUUCGGAUUAACCCGAAUUUGUAUUGUAAUGGGACGGUUUGCCUGAGCUUGUUGAAUACUUGGUCCGGUGCAAAGUGUGAAAGGUGGGACCCUAACAAUUCUACUAUCCUUCAGCUACUGUUAUCAAUCCAAGCAUUAAUACUGAAUGAAAAGCCAUACUUCAAUGAGCCAGCUUGGGUAGGGCGGCUGGACAGGGAGAGGGAAUCGUUGGCAUACAGCGAACAAUCGUUUAUUCUAACCUGCAAAUCAACGCUAUGCUUACUUCGAAACCCACCAAAAAACUUCAAACCAAUUGUAACUCAACACUUCAAGGAUCGUGCAGAGUUUAUACUGAAUGCUUGUUAUGCAUACAGAAACGGGUUCGCUAGAGUUGGGUAUUUUAAUGGGGUUGUUGAGGGUACUAAAGGGAGGGUUUCAGGCAAGUUAAAGGGGUCAAUUGAUGGGUUGUACUCGGAUUUAUUGACGGAAAUGUCGAAAACAGGUGCUUCUGUUAAGCAUCUGACCCAACAAGCUAGAACAGAGGAAGAAAACAAGGCGAGAAAGGAAGCUGCUACGGCGGCUGCUGGUGGUGGCAGCGAGUGUAUGAGCAGCUUCAAGGAAAUUGGGAGGAGUUUUGUUUAUUUAUUGAAAAAGAUUGGAUUUCUGAGAUCAAAUCAGAAGAAGAACAAGAGUCACAAGUCUAAAGGAUAAUUAAUUCCUGUCUAAGCUCAUCUUCGAAGGCCGAUUGGAUAUCAUCUUGAGCUAAUUAAUUGUUCAAAACUUUUGUUUUUUUUGUUAAGAUUUUUUUAUAGUAGGUGGAAUCGAGGGAAAUGAAUAGGUGAAGCCACGUUGGAUGGAAAAAUAGACAGAAAGUGUUAAGGGUUGGCAGUGAAAGGUAAAAAGUUACUCUGUAAUAGAGCUAAGGUGGUAAAAUAAAUAAAUAGAUAAAUAAGUAGUUAUUCUUAAA